GCGCCACCUGCUGUACUGGAGCUGCUCGUUCAACGACAGCGCUGUCGAAGAUAAGGCUAAUGCGGAGCGAUGUGUCACUUUUGUCGUCUUUUCUAAGUUUACUGUACAAAAACGACUCUGGCUUUAAUUUGGACUAACAGACAGAAGACGUCACGCCAGAGAGAGGGACCCGAGUUACUGACAGCCUCGCUAUAUUCCUCACUGCUGGAGGUUACAGCCUGCUUGCUGACCCGCUCAGUUAACUGUCAUGUGCAAGAAACUAACAGGGAAGAACUGCUGUUUCAUUACUGAACCUUAAAUCUGAAGACCUUUUAAGUAUUUGAUUAAUGAAAAUUACAACUGGAGGAGAGUCCUAAAAUCUGUGUCAUGCGUGGUCCUUUGCGGUGGGUGCUAUGGGAUGUGAAAGACACCCUCUUGAAGGUGCGUGCCUCUGUGGGAGAGCAGUAUUGUAAGGAAGCAGAGCGAAUGGGCUUGAGCCUCAGUCCUGCGGAGGUCAACACUGCCUUCCACCAAGCCUAUCGACACUUCUCCAGCCGGUACCCAAAUUAUGGCAUCAGUCAGGGCCUGGACGGACAGGCCUGGUGGAAGGGGGUCGUACAGGACACUUUCUCCCGGUGCGGGGUGCAGGAGCCAGCCCUGCUCAACACAAUGGCUCUCAACCUUUAUCACAAUUUCUGCAAAGCAGAGAACUGGGAGGUAUUUCCAGACUCAGAGAAAGCCCUUGAGAGUUGCUCGUCUCUUGGACUGAAGUUGGGUGUGGUGUCCAAUUUUGAUAGUCGCCUAGAAGGGAUUUUACGUGCCUGUGGCCUGCUGUCUCACUUCAGCUUUGUGGUAACAUCAGAAGGAGCAGGUGUAGCCAAGCCCAAUCCAGCCAUCUUUGAACAGGCCCUACAGAAAUGUGGUGUGCCAGCAACUAAUGUAGCUCAUAUUGGAGACCACUAUGUGAAGGAUUACCUCACCUCACGGUCAGUGGGCAUCCAUGGCUACCUGUUAGACAGAGACAACAAGCAUCACCAAAGUGACGUUCCUCGAGAGCACCAGCUCAGCUCUCUGGAGGAGCUGCCAUCACUGUUUCAGCAGCACAUGGACUGAUGUCAGGGCAUCAGAGGCUCCAGUCACUCUGACAAACUGCGGCUAAGUUAGGAAACAUGUUAGCUUUAGGAUGUGGCUGAUUCCACGUUCUCCUUUUUUGGGGGGGGUUAACUUUAGGAAACUGCCACAUUUUUCACUUUUUUUCAUCUGACAUUAACAAAUGUUUUGGGCCAGGGAGCAAAAGUUGGUAUACUGCUACCACAGUAUACCAACUUUACAGUGCAGUUAAUGAUGAACUUGAAUGAAAUAAAAAGCUACAAGAAGCAAUAUAUUAGGAAAAAUAUAAAACUUGUUUGGUGUGUGUGUGUGUGUGUAUAAACUUACAUUAGUUCUUUACACUUUAUUUAAACUCUAUUUUGUGGACUUUCACAAAUAUAAAAAGGUAGAUGCAGGCCUGUGAGACCUCAGAGCUGUAUGUUUUUAUUCGCUGUUGCUGACUGGCCCCAUGAAAGCGGUUCUGACAAAACCAAAAGGGACUUAAUUAUUUUGCGGUGGUUAUAUUGUUUUGUUAUGUCUGUCAGUGUAAAGUUAUAAGAGAUGGCAGUUCUUGCCCUUGCUGGCACGGGCCUAAAGGCCAACUGUGAGGGGGGGAUGCAUUUUUUUGUUUGUUUUCCCUAAUAGCAAAAGUACAGUAUUAAUUUUAAGCUGGAGAUAUUUGUUAAGUUAUAUAAGAAGCAUUUCUCAUUUCUUGAACCUGCUGAACCUCAUUAAAAGAUCUGAAUCAAAAAUGAGAGCCUGAUUCCUAGCAGUGGCCUUGAUGGUAGUAGGCAGAUCAUCAGCGUUGUCCUAAAUCAGCUUUGUAGUGACUAACUUGUGCAGACUACAUCAGCUGAGUCUGUGACUUCUGCCCAUUAAAAUGGUUUCUGCCAGCUCUUUCAGAUGCCACAGUUUGGCUGAAAAGGAUUCAGAUUGAUUAUUCACCAUCUUAAAUGGAAAGGUUAUUGGCUAAUUAAGCAGCACAGACUGCUGUAUUUCAGUUACAUUACUGUUCUUCCUGCUCACAAUCACCAUCCUUCCUCUUGGAGAUCAUCCAAGUGGAAAUUUUGAGAAAUUCUUAAGAGAAAAAGUAGAAUCAUCCCAUGGUUACUCAACACAACGAGGCUAGAUCUGAGGAUCUGCUGAACCACAGCAUGUUCACUACAGAACAGUUUUAUUGUCCAAAGUAACAAAUGUGUGUCAGGCUGCAGGAUUAAAGGUGAAAAGUAUAUUAUACCGAGCAAAAUUGGCCAUUUUCAGAGAAGGUGAGGGACCUGCUGAAAUGACUUGAUAAUAAACAAGCUGACAAAUCUAUCUGGAGUUUUUCGAGUACAGCAAAUUUUAUCUGUUACUUGUAUUUUGCCAGCACCUAAAAGAGGCCACUUCACUUCAGUGUUAUUCUAGGACUCUUGUUCUAUGACUUUUGUCAACUCAUUUUGGGACUUUUGUGUUCUUAUGUUGUACACAGUUCACAUCAUGUGAUAUUACAAUGUACAGUAUAUGAGGCAAAUGUAUAGAUUUUUAUGGUUGGAUUAUGGUAUCAAGCCAUCGGUUAUUGGUCAUUAAAUUCAGUUUUUUUAACAAUCCCUUGAACUCUAGUUAUAUUGUCCAUCACCAUCAAUAAGUCAGAGUUUUCAAAUCUCUCUAACACUCUGCUAAGACCAAAAUGCAACUUCUUGCAUUUCAUUGACUGGUUACGACCCUGGUGACUCUGACAAAAUAUCCAACACAAUGUCAUGAAUAAACACACACCAACAUGUAAGAUGCUGGCUAUGACAGUGACAAACAAACAAACAAAAAAAAAGAGUAGAAUAGCCACAUACUAUUUCAGUUCCAUAAUUUUAUUAAUCUAAUGACUCUCUAAAUGAUGGAAUUGAAAUAGUGUGAGCUAUUCUACUUUUGUUUAAAAUAUACAAACACCCCACCAUCUGCAAAAU